UUUUUUCAAAUUUUUAUCUAUUUUGUUUCCACUGCACAACGGGCUCAGGUUCUGGAAAACCUUGGUUCUCAUAAACUCACUUCUCUGGUCCCUCAGUUCUCCUCCCCUGCAAGAUGAGUGAGAAGCAAGAGAACCAACUUCUUCCAACCUACAAGCUUUCCACUGAAGAGGAAGCACAAAACCUGAAUCUGGAAGAGUGUUUGAAACUGCUGAAAGGAGAGCGAGACGAACAGCGUCUCGCUGGGCUUCUUCUGGUCACCAAGUUCUGCAAAGCCAACGAUCACUUUUCACUUCGUAGGGUUUAUGAUGCUGUUGGCCCUAACUUUCUUUAUCGGUUACUCAGAACUGGUAUGGGAAGCGGCACCAACGAUCAUCACGAUGCAUAUUUAAGCCUAUCCAUCACAGUUCUUGCUGCAUUUUGUCGCGUUCCAGAGAUUGCUUCUUCGGAAGACAUGGUUUCCAAUAUCCCACUUAUAUUGGAAGUAAUGUCCACACAGUUUGGUUCAUCCGUUCUAGAGGAAUGCUAUGAGUAUUUAUACUUGGUAUUAACUGCUUCUGAACGUGGAAUCCGGAGAUUUUGUGAAUCAGGAGGCAUCAGGAUACUAGCUUCUCAAAUGUCUUCUCUUCAAGAUGGUUCGCAUUUGAUGGAAAUGUCUUUUAAACUUUGGCAAUUGAUUCUGAGUAGGGUGUCGUUGAACAUAAUCCAGAAUGAUGACGUAUCAGACAUCUCAGUUAUUGUGGCAGCAAUAGCAAGGCAGUUUGCUGUCUUGCACAAUUCCUUGAAAUUUGAGGCUCUCCACCUACUUAAUGUCAUUCUUUCCUCAAAAGAUUUGUCCCAACUUCAUGAUGUCAUCCGAUUGCUUCCUCGAGAUAACUGGUCACACAAUAUCCGCACUGGUAUAGUGGCCAUUUUGCAGAAUCGUGUUGCUCCUGCUGAAAGGCUGCAGGCUCUCAUUUUAGCUGAGUCUAUGGUUUCCAUGUAUGGAGAAGAUUGGUUGGUUAGCCAUUUAAGCACAAAUGAUGCCCAAAAUCCAGCUCCAGCUGACAUGUGUCUAUUGCUUGUCUUGGAGCAGUCGAGGGUUGAAAUUGCUGUUCUUCUAAAUGAGUUGGCCUAUUUAAAAUAUGAAGCACCUCAGGAUACUUCAGCUACUGCUGAGGCAAUUUUUUCUAAGCGACGUAAUGUGGCUGUUGCCUACUCUUUGGUUGAGAAGAUAAUAAAAUUAAUAUCAACUGUUGAUGGAAAUGAUGGAAAUCUCCUUGAUGAAGGGACAUUGACAAAGCUGAUUCUCCAACUUAAUGAGACAAUUGUUGUUGUACUAGAGUAUUUAGAAGAUGCAAAGGAACAUGGACAAAAGAAAGGGGAUGAUUUACUUGCUUCAGUGCGAAUUAUUGGGAGCUAUCUUGCAGAAGCACCCCUAGCAUGCAAUGAGAAGGUUCAAGAUCUUUUAGGGUAUAUGCUUUCUGUUGAAGGUGAAGAUGAACAAAGGCCCUUCUACUCGGUUUGUUUUCUGCUACCUAUGUUGUCUCAAAUUACGAUGAAGAUAGAAGGAUGCAAAGCUUUGGCUUUGUGUAAAGGACUUGAGGCUGUUGUAGAUUGCCUCAAUAAAUUAGUUCGGUCAAAUGCUUUUAUGGCUGAGGAUAAUGGUUGCAUCAUUUUGGCAUGUGACACAAUAACGAACCUUCUAUUGAAGAAAGACAAAGUUCAGAUGGUGUUGGAUGAAUCAGUUAUUGUUGAUCUUCUUAAAGCAUUGACAUAUUGGUCAGAAAAUACUAAUGAAAUGUCAAGUAUGAUGAUGGCUUCAAGUAUUUGUGCCCUGGUAUUUGACUAUACAUCAGAAGCAGCACUUUUAAACUGUCCUGAUUUCAACUAUAGUACUCUUAGCAGUCUUUAUCGGCUCAUCGCAAGAUGUCUGACUGCAUCAGAACAGGAUACCAAGGACGAUAUGGAUCUUUCUGAGAUAAUCUCUUCUGGUUUCUCUCGAUGGGCGCAUCGAUACCCCCACAUCAGAGAGGCAGUCGAGAACUGAUUUUGAUCUUCUUGAAGUGAAUUAGUUGUAUGUCGAUGCUUUCAGCUUCCAAGGUAUCGCGUUAAACUCAACUAAUGCUGUACAUGGAAUUGUGAAAAGGCUACCGGUGGAGAUGGGAUAGGAUCUUUAUACAGAGGAUUAAAAGCUCAUGGUUACAAACCAGCGUCCAUAGUUGGAAUCUCACCUUGCCCACAACCACCUAAGAUGGGACGGACUUUUCCUUAUGGGAUAGGAAAUCAUGGUCAUUUUUUUGGUUCGUUUUAGCAGUCCGGAUCAACGUUAUAUGAUUGUCUGUAUGUCCGAACUCUUUGUUCCAUUAUUUUAUGUUCGGAGAUGUGGGUUUAGAUAACAUUUUACUCCAUAUAGUAUUUGCCUAUUAGGUUGGCUAGAAAUUUAGUGGAAAAAAGAACCGUUUCUAAAUUUCUAAUGCAUUUUAUAUUUGACUUUUAUUUUUAAUAUUUUAAAACAAGUCUCACCUAAAUAUUUUUCUUUAGUUUGAAUCGCCCAAAGACCCAAGGAGAAGAAAUUUACUCAAAAGAUGGGUUUAGUUUAGUUUCUUAAAAAGAUUUGCAAUUUUCAUAGUUGGUCCAUGAUUUUUAAUUAUUUCAAGGAAGCUAUU